ACAAAGAAAUAGUAACGUCGUGCAGAAGAGGCUAUAGAACAAUGAUCUGAUUGCUGGAUUGUUGGAGCUGAUGAGCCUUUCACUUGUCCAGCACCUGGAUUCAUCUCUGCUCUUAUAACCAUUGUCGACAUUUCUUCUAUCCAUCUAUCCUCCUAUCGCUGUUGACGAUGUUGAUGAUGUUACUAAUGAUGCUGAUGAAAACACUAGUAACGGGCGUGAUGGGUUGUUUCCCAAAAAUUGGAGGCAGUGAUGCUGAAGCCAUUUCUCAAAAGAGUAGUGUAUCCUACAGAAAUGGUAUAAACCACGCAUUUGGCCAGCAAGUUCCCCCCUGGGAUCCUUCAUCCUUCAUCGGUUCAAUUGCCUCUCCGAAAGAAAACAACCUUGGUAAAUAGAAAUAACCGUCCAAUGCCAUGCAGAAUUUACCCUUGUUC